CUUCAUCUCUUCUUCAAAACUACAUUAAGCUUUGAACUCAAACAUUUUCAAGCUUCUUCUCUUCUUUUACUUGCAAACUACACGCUCCGCUUAUCCUCCAAGGUAGUAAAUAGACUUCUAUAUAUCUCACAUUUCCAAUUUCAUAAUGGAGAGAGUAACAAGAUUGGUAUCACAAAGAGCUGUAGUGAUCUUUAGCAAGAGUACAUGCUGUAUGAGUCAUACUAUUAAGACCCUUUUCUAUGAUCUCGGUGUAAACCCAACAGUUCAUGAACUCGAUGAAGAACCCAGAGCAGGAAAAGAAAUCGAGAAAGCACUUAUAAGGUUGGGAUGUAGUCCUUCGGUACCUGCAGUAUUUAUCGGUGGUGAGCUAAUUGGUGGAGCCAAUGAAGUUAUGACUCUUCAUCUCAGUAGCUCUCUCGUUCCAUUACUAAAGCAAGCAGGAGCUAUUUGGCUUUGAUUACUACUAUACUAUAUAAUACUGAAUUUUGACCCUUAAUAUAUAGUUACUGGUUAGUUAAUUUCAAGCUAUAAUAGCUUUGACAAUUGAUGAUCAUACUCCUUUUUGUGUGAGUUCUUAAUUAGUACUGUAAUACUCCUUUUAGUGGAGUGAUAAUAGUUAGGAAUCAGAUGCAGUAGUAAUAGCAAGAGGUACCUUUUAGUGGCCAA